AUAAAAUUUAGAAAUUUUAAAUUUAUUUUAUCUUCUAUUGCUGAUUAUAUUUAUUUUCUAGUAAUUAAAUAUGUCUUAUAUGUAUCAAGUUUGUGUUCGUAAAAUAUAUGAAAAACGAAAAAUGAAGUCUUUGUUACAUAAGUGAAUAGUUAAGUUUUAUGGUUUUAUCAGUCAAAAUAAUAGUAUCCACUCAGGUUCGGUUUUUGGAAUGCGCAUGCGCGUCAUGAACUGGAACGUCAAAUGCAAGAAGAUCGAAUAAUAUCGUUGUGUUAUGAUAUUGUAAUAUGUAAAAUAUGUUUCAAACAAAAAUAUACGUAUAUCUCUAUACAUAGUUUUCAGACUAAUCCAGUUAGUGCUCAGCAUCUGAGUAGAGACAUCAUUGUGUUAGAUAUAGCGGUGUAAAUUCGUGCUCACACAACAAAUGGCUAUAUGCAUGUGACAUGUCACGUAUUCUCAAAUGUCUUCUCCCAAAACCACUGAAUAUUCCGGCAAUUAUCAACGGUUUAACGAUGAUGCAAACAUAUCACUCGAGCAAGACAUUUCACAUCGAACAUGCCAAAAAUAUGGAUCUAUACUAUCAUAUCCUUCUGCAGAAAAUCAUGUAAACUCCUCCACUGAAAAUGUAAGAACAUCUGAUCAAAUCAUUCACAAAUUUGAAACAGAUGAUGUACAUAGAGAAAACAUGUCUGAAAAUGCAGUACUUCCAUCACAUGAUUCAAUCACAGAUCAUGAUUUGCAUUGGGAAAUGAAUUAUCACGAGGCUGCAAUAUUUUUAGAGGAAGGUAAAAAUAAUGAAAAGUUUGAUUCGCACCCAAAGCAUCCAGAAGAUUUGCCAGCAUAUCUCUUAGUUCAUAAUAAUUGGUAUUAUGGGUUAGAUCUAUUAACUUCUCUUAUACUUUUGGCUUUAGCUCUUGUAGAAGAGCCAGCUGUAUCACUGUUUAGCAUACCAGUGUGGGCACAUGGAUCUAUAGAACUUUUUGCUUUGAUAAUUAUAGGUAUAGAAUUAGCUUUGAAACUAAGAUGGAUUGGCUGGUCAACAAUGUUAAAACACAAACGAACAAUGCUGAAGUGUAUCACAUUGGUCAUCAUGUUUUUAGAAGCGAUGACAGUACUAGUACGACAAUCAUCGCAUUUCCGUGUAACACGUGCUCUAAGGCCCAUUUUUUUAGUAGAUACGAAAUGCUUUGGCGGUGUUAGAAGAUUUAUCAGACAAAUACUUUUAACAUUGCCACCAAUUCUGGAUAUGUUAGGCUUGCUUUUAUUUUUUAUAACACUGUACACUGUAUUGGGUUACUAUAUGUUUUCUGAAAUGAAUAGAAAUUUUUGUACACUACAAGACAGUUUUGUGAGUCUCUUUGUUCUUCUUACUACUGCUAAUUUUCCAGAUGUAAUGAUGCCAUCAUAUUCAAGAAACAAAUGGUAUGCGAUAUAUUUUGUAUCUUAUUUGUCUACAAUGUUGUACGUAAUGAUGAAUUUGAUGUUGGCGGUGGUUAACGAAACAUUUACAGCAGCUGAGCGUGAUAAAUUUAAAAAACUGUUUUUACAUAAAAGAAAAGCAUGUCAACAUGCCUUUAAGUUAUUAGUUUCAAAACAAAAUCCGGAUAAAAUGCGAUUUCGCCAAUUUGAAGGAUUAAUGCGAUACUAUGCUCCAAAUAAAAACAUAAGAGACAUUGUUCUAAUGUAUCAACAUUUAAAUGCUUCUGGAAGUGGAGUUCUAAGUGUUGAAGAGUUUUUAAACAUUUAUGAUACUAUUAUACUUCAAUGGGAACUACAAUACUCUACUGUGCCUUGGUAUCACAGUACAUCACAACCUUUGCAAAUUCUAUGCACAGGAGCACAUGCAGCUAUUAGAUGGCCAUAUUUUGAAAGCUUAAUGUAUAUAACAAUCAUUGCAAAUGGUAUUGCUAUGAUAAUAAGGAUAUUACAGGCAGGCGAUAAUGUUCAUAGCACAAUUCUAUUUGCUGCAUCUUGGGAUACUUUUCUUUUUGGAGGAAUAUUUGUCACUGAAGCACUAAUAAAAGUAUUAGGACUUGGUACAAGACGAUAUCUGAGUUCCGGAUGGAAUCUUUUCGAUUUAGGAACAUCUAUAAUGACACUUGUUGCAGCUUGUAUUUUAUCUCUUUUUCCUACAGCCACAUUUUUCGUUCUAUUUAGACCACUUCGACUGCUAAGAUUGUUUAAAAUGAAAAAAAGAUACCGAGACGUAUUUGGCACACUUGUGAUUUUAACUCCCUUGAUGUCUUCCACUGCAGUAGUCAUGCUUGUUUUAUAUUAUUUUUUUGCAAUCAUUGGGAUGGAAUUGUUUGCAGGAUAUAAUAUGCGAAAUUGUUGCAAAAAUACAACAGUUGAAGACUUUUACAAAUACUCUGCCAAUGAAAGUACCGCACUAGGAUAUUAUUACCUUAAUACUUUUGACAACCUUAUAGCCAGUGGAAUGACCCUUUUUGAGUUAACGGUUGUUAAUAAUUGGUUUAUUUUAAUGAACGCAUAUGCAUUUACUGUUGGAAUGUAUACACGAAUAUAUUUUAUGAUAUUUUAUUUGGUGACAAUGAUUGUUUUAACUAUCGUGGUAUCCAGUUUCUUAGAGGCCUUUCGAUUUAGAAUACAUUAUAAAAAAUCAACAUCUAAACGUGAUGAGGAAAAGAUGCUACAUGAAGAAGUGGAACUAAAAUGGGACGAAUUGCAAUAUAUAGUAGAAGAUUUUCAACUUUUGGAAAAAUUGCGACCUUCACUGAUAGUUGGUGGAACUACUGUUUUUAUUGGCUCGCGUCCUAGAACCAGAGAAGUUUUGCAAAGAAAAAUGUAUACGAAUGAAAUUACCGAAUGGAUUAUAGAGGCUAAACAAGCAGAAAGGCAAUUUUUAUCAAAUGCUACUCAUAGUUUAGAAGAAAAUUAUAGAGAGGAAGCAAUUUCUGAAACAGAUCAUGUAGGAUUAACAGACAAUUUGCGACAAACACAUCGUAAUACAUCAAAUGUUGUAUAAUUGUAAUAAUAAAUUAAAUUUCAUUGUGUCUACUUACAAUAUAGAAGUAUUGAAAGCUUGUAAUAUACAAAUUAAAUUAAAUUUAAUUAAGCGAUUAAAUUUUUUACUAACAACAUAAAAUAAAAAGAAAAUAAUAUAUUUAACUGAUAUAAAAGAGAUUAAACAUUUUUUUUUCGGAUUAUGUUGCGAUAUAUAGAGACUCAAAUAAUUGAUGAUAUUUUUAAAAAUAUUGCAACGUAAAUAUAAAUCCACUAAAUCAUAUAUCUUGCGUAAAUAAAGCUUUAUUAAUAUCAAAAUUGACUUUUUGCUUUUUCUGCAGAUAAAAAUACAAUUUUCUUCAUAAAGAAUUAUGAAUUGAUUUAUAAAAUUUUUAAUGUAUUCUAUCCUAAAUGCUUGUAUUUAGAAAUUAUUUUACUUUCUCUUUGCAAUUGUGUAAUUUUUAUUUAAUUCUUCAUCAUUAAACUUCAAUUUUCAUAUUAUUUUAACCGUUUGAGUCCCAAGCAGCGUGAUCACGUUGUUUAAAUUUUGUGUCGAAAAGUCCCAGUACAUUUGAACGCUACGGACGACUGACGGUAUUUUGUAUUUCACUGUUAUCUUCUCAAUAGCGUCGUUUGUUUCUCUUCGUAAUCGAUUAAAACAAGCGCUAUCGCGCUGUUCGGGAUUUUUUGAUCCUGUUUCUUCAAAGACCCCUGGGAUUCAAACGGUUAAAUAUGAAAAAUUUUAUUCUUUAUGUUAUAAAUUAUGUAAAUAAAUAACUAAUAAAUAUAUAUAU